AGCAGCAACAACUAGUAACAAAAGGCAGGCUGUGUUUCGGCCUAGUGGCUGGAACCUUUAAACCAAGCCUGCCUAGAGUUAUCAGUUGCUAGGCAGCGCCCCAAAGCAAGCAGGAUUUUUGGGUGUGUGCGCGAUGCUGUGGUCGUUGCCACUCUCUCUUACACACACAUAGGAAAGGUUGCCUAUUUCAGACCCCUCAACUGCUCCUCAACCAUCCUGGGUUUUUUUUUGUGUGUGUUUUUGUGAGAGCACAGAGGCCAUUUUGGUGAUGGGGUCAGCGGCUCUAAGGAGAUCAGAGAUGCAUCAGAAGGUAGUCCGAGUCGUGUUGGGGUUGCUCUUCGCCAGUUCUGUGCUGGGGUUGUGCCCCCCAAGGUGGAUCCUGUACAGGAAUGAGCUUUGCCUUUACAUCCCAGCUGGCUCUCUUGUUCUGUCCUGGAGUGAAGCCAGAGUCUUCUGCAGGGACCAAAAGGCAGACCUGGUUGUCAUCAAGGAUUACCACAAGCAGAUGUUCCUGACGGAACUCUCAGACAGCACCCGGGAAUACGCCUUGCACUACUGGAUCGGGUUAGCAUGGCGAGAGGCAAGCAGUCAGCUCGCCUGGGUGGAUGGGACCCCAUUAUCGCAGAGCUGGUACAGAAACUGGCUCCAAGGCCACCCCAAGAAGGAGCGUUGCACGCAGCUCGUGGGCAUCUACGCUGGCCAAUGGAGGGACUGGGAUUGUGCUGCCAACGUCUCCUUCAUCUGUGAGAUGCCCAUGAAAGAUGCCCUCCCUGGCUCAGUGAGGAAAGUGCCCUUCCGCUCCCACUGCUACACCUUCCAUUUCCCAUCCUUCCGGGAACUGAGGUCAUGGAGAGAGGCCCAGUCUUUUUGCCAGGAAUCUGGGGAGGGCCUCGCAAUUGUUGGAGAUGAGGAGCAGAACACCUUCCUGUCAGAUGCCUUUCCUGAGGACGGCUGGCAGAUGUGGAUCGGGCUGCGCUUUGGCACUUCAUGGAGGUGGAGCGACUCGUCAGCCCCCCCAGCCUAUUUCCGGUGGCAUCUGGGAAAAGCCCCCGAACAGGUGAAGGACCAGUGUGUGGUUCUGAGUCUUCAGCCCACCAAUAUGGCCCAACAUGGGACGUGGCAGACCAGACCGUGCAAUGAGCGUCCUACGACCGAAAUAACAGGAUUUGUCUGCCAGCACAGAUAUGAUUUUUGUGGUCCGCCGGAGCCUGUGUACUUUCCCCUCCCUGGAGGGAUAGGUCCGCAUGCCACAGCUGACGUCACCUUCUCUUUCCCUGGUCAUUCUUCCUGCACCCUGUCCUUGGCUGGCCUCUACACCGAUGUCACUCAUUUCCGUCUAAGCCUGGAGUCCAAUGCCACCCACAUGCGUGGCAGCGUCACCACAGAUCUCGGCGGCUCCCUGGAGCGCAAGAACUUUUCUGGGGUGCCCUUUUCGCCUGGGCUGCUCAGCACAUGGAGCCUCUUCACUUACCCUGACGGCCUCGCAAGCUUCUUGGACCACCAGGAGCAUUUCCGUCUCUCCGGCGCCCAAGACAUUCCCUUCGCAAACCUCGGCUCCUUGAGGAUAAUAGGAGCGACCGUGGCCAACGCGUCUCUAGAGUAUCCCCUUUCUUUUGACCUACGCUUCCCCAGCAGUGGCAGCAGCCUGCAGCUGGAAGAUGCCAUACGCCGCUACCUCACCAACUUCACCAUCGGGCUGUGGGUUCGAAGUCAACCUGCUGCUGCUGCUGGCUCCCGCAAGAUGUGCCUGGUCAGCUAUGCGCUAAAGUGGAGGCAGCCAGAGUUUGCCCUCUUCCUCCUCUCCCCCUCGGGGCUGGAGUUCCACAUCAAGGGGUCAGUGAUGUUCAGCGGCACCCAGGGCUCCCUUCUGGAUGGAUCCUGGCACCAUGUGGCAGUCUCGGUCUCCAGCACUCCUGGACUCCCGUCCUUCAAGGUCUUCGUGGAUGGAUUUCUCUGGGAGCCCCACUUCGCUGAGAGUAGCAGCUUCCUGAGGAAGGGGCUCUCCCUUGGGGGGAAGCUGAUAAUUGGACAGCUGGAAGUGGGCAGCAGAGGGACCAGCCUCUUUGUGGGUGACCUGAGUGAAGUCAACCUGUGGGACCAAGCCUUGCCCGAGGUUUCCAUAAAGCAGAUGGCAGCUUCAAGGACCCGGUGGAAGUUCCCUGGGAACGUGGUGAGCUGGAGCACACUGGUAGCAAAGAAGCCUUCCUCUGUGCAAAUCAGCACUGCAAGCCAAGACCCAGGCACCGCCUUCGUGUGGUUUGGGUUCCUUCGGCUCAGAGGCAAACAGUCAGCCCUGUGCACCGAUCCAGAGCAGUCCCUGGUCUAUACUGAGCUUGGGCUGGACCAGCGCCUCAAAUGUGCCUUCUGGGGGCUGCAGCCAAAUGGUCGACUCCGCAACAUCGCAGACCCUCCUUCCUGCCUUCAGGUGGCACCAGACGGAGUCUCCUUGUUGAGCAGUUCAGACUGUUCCACGGACACCAAGAGCUCAUUUCGCCUCUUACCGGACCAGCGGCUGCAGAAUCUGCACUUGGGGUUCUGCAUGUUUCAAGGAGUCAUUCACACCAAGCUCUACCUGGGGAAGUGCACCCCACAGGCAUUGUACUUUGUGCUGGAUCGGGAUGUGUACUGCCCCCAGUCCAGGGCCUGGAGAUCCAGGAAGGACAAAUGCCUCUUCCUCGUCUUGGAUGCGGCCCUUGAGUGGAGCCAGGCCCUGAAGUUCUGCCAGAGGUUCCACGGUGGGAGCCUGGCCACGCUGAGCAGCCCACAAGACCUGGUCUGGCUGCAGAAAGAGCUGGAGGUGAGUGUCUGGACUGGGCUUCGCAGUGGCAGAGGCUUGUGGCAUUGGGCCGAUGGGGCACCCUUCAACAAAGCCUUACAACGCUUUGUUCUCUCACAGGGUCCCUCGGACAUAGAAACCUGCAUGCUGGCCCUGAGCUCCGGCUUCCUGAAGGCUGAGCCGUGCCACAGGCCUCACCGCUGGAUAUGCCAGGCCUCCCACCAGAGUGGCUCCUACACGACCUUUCCUGAGAAGUCCUUCUAUGGUGCUCCCUCCUUGGACCUGAGCUUCCCUUCGCUGGAGGCUGCCAAGCAGCAGUGCUCUGCCUUGGGCACGGGGUGUGACGCCGUCGUCAGCUCUGCAGGGGGCCACCGCCUUGCCAAGGGGACACGCCUUGUGGCCCUGGAAGACCCUGAUGCCAGUUCGGCUGCUGCUGUGCAUGUCAAGACGAGCUGCCGGCCCGGCUUCUCUGGCCAGGACUGCCAGUCAAUGUGCCCCCGGUGUGAGCCAGGCCUGAGCUGCAACCCGCUGACGGGCCUCUGCGAUGGAUUCCUGCGCUACAGGGAGGCAGCCGCGGUGUAUGCCUCUCUGAAGUGCCUGCCCCUGGAUGACUGGGUGUUUGAGCAUGGAGCCUGCGUGUCCAAGGAGCGCUACAGCAGACAGGACGAAGCAGCCUCUGCUUGCCAGAGGUACCUGGGUGCUACUGUGCAGAAGGUCAAGGCCAGGGCUGGCUUUGCUGGUGGUGAAAGAAGAGGCUCAGAGCCAGGCAGCUUCUGCUGGGCUUGCCAGCGACCUGAAGAUGUGGACCUGCCAUCUUUCAGGGAGAAGCUGCUCCUUCCUCAGCAGGGCUCGGCCCCCCAGCAGAGGCGAGCGUCGCUGCAGGAAGCCAAGGACGCCUGCUACCUGCAGAAGGAGGGCUGCACGGGGCUGCUGAGACUUAGCGGGGCCUAUUACCUGGUGGCAGGGACGGUGCUGGUGGACAGCCCUGGCUCGGAUGCCAUCCUCUACGUGAAGGCAGCCUGCUCCCCCAGCUUCUGUGGGGAUGGGUGCCGGCGGCGCUGCUCUCCGUGCUUGAGCACAUCGACCUACAACCCCCUGACGGGCCAAUGCGAUGGGCGCCACCUGCGCUGCGUCCGUCGCUUCACCCCCUCGUGCCUUCAUGGUCUGGUGAGCUUGAGAUGUCCACAUGCUCCUGGCUGGUGGUUCUGGGAUGGUCACUGCUAUUACGUGGAGGAGCACAACAGCAAGAACUGGCAGGGGGCAAAAGCCACCUGCCAGACAUAUGGAAAAGACGUGGGCCUUCUGACCCUCAGCAGCGCCAAGGAAAAGGCAGGUUGGGAGCUAGUCAUGCUCCCAGGUGGCAUGGCUGGUGCUCCAUGCUUCACUGUGGGGUAG